UGUCGACCAAUCACAAAGAGUUUCAAUUUUGAAUUUGUUCUCGGUGGGUGGAGAUUUUGCCUGUCGCCAUAUUGUGUUCGGCUGUGUUUGCUGGUAGUGAAAAUUCAUAAUUUUAGUGUAAAUUCCUUUCCUAGACUGUUCGGAUUAAAAAAGCCUUAAGGCUAGAAGCCAACAUGGGUGCCAAGCAGAGCAAGCGCUCGGUGGACAUCAGCGGCAAGGAGGCCGAGAGCGCGGGCGAGGUGGCGGCGGGCGCGGGCGGCGAGGGCCGCGUCGAGCAGCUCGCCGACGCCGACGCGCUCAAGCCGCAGCUCAACGGCGACGCGCACAUCCACGAGACAUCGGAAAAAGAAAAAGAAUUAGACAGCGGCACGCCAGAGAAUGAAAAAGAUGCCACCACAGAAAAGGAAGCAAAAGAACAGGAAGAUGAAAAAGACAAAGAAUCCUCCAUCAUAACUAACGGAGACAGCGAGCAGAAGGCAGACAACGAAGAGUCCACACCAUCGCCAGAGGACACCAAAAAACCCAAGAAAGAAAAGGUCAAGAAGAAAUGGUCACUGAGGUCGAUCAGUUUUAGUAGAAAGGACAAACCGAAACAGGAGAAAAAACCAAAGGAGGAAGAGCCCAAAACGAACGGAGAGCCGGAGAAACUGCCCGAGGAGGUACCAGAAGCCAGCCCAGAAAAGGAGUUGAAUGGAGUUAUCCAAGAAGAUAAAUCCGAAACCGAAACAGCAGAAGAGAAAACCCCAGAGACUCCUGUGACUGAACCCAUUACAAAUGGCAGCAACACACCGGAAUCGCCUAAAGAAAUAACUCCUACCACAGUUGAACCAACUAAUGCUACUAAAGAAAUCGAAAGGACAGAUUUACCAAAAGAUGAAGUGCAACCGGAACCAUUGCCUGUUAACGGCCUCGCACAGGAAGAGCCAAAAAUUGAGACUACUGAACCCGUGGCUAGUAAAGUUGAGGAACCAAUUGUUGAAAAGCCUGAACCCGUCCCAGCUACUGAAAUUGAUAAAAAUGAGGUUUGUGUUGAAAAAUCUCCUAUAAUAGAGCCUUCACCUCCACCACUCCCCGCAAAUCCUCCUCCCUCGUCAGUGGCUUCCUUUGCCGCUACCACUAUGGCACCAGAACUGACAGAUGCUUCUCUCGCUAACUCUGCUGAAAUUACUUCAAACACCACAUGCAUAGAUACCCCAGAAACUGACUCAGUAAAUCAAGCUGAACCUGUUUCUAUUGAAGUUCAGCCCACUCAAUCCGUAGUUGAAAGUGAACCCGUACCAACAGUUGAAAACUCUGAAGUGAAAGCCACCGAAACGUCCGAAUCCGAUGUAGACGUGCUCCAUAAAGAAUCGCCGGUUACAGUAACUAAUGAUGCGCCUGAGGUACAAGAAACGGUUUCGCUUCCGCAAGAAAAUAUUGAACUCGAAAAUAACAUUACAAACGAAGUAGUAAAAAAUGACGAUGCCGAAAUUACAGAUGAAGUCGAUACUUUAAAUAAUGACCGAAAAUCUCCCGAAACUAUUGUAGACGAUUUACCUGAAAAUACUGAAGUAUCAGAUAAUGCUAAAAACGCUGAUAUCAACAAAGAAAAUGGUGAAUUACCUAUCGAAAGGGAGGCAGUGCCAGAGGAAAUCAAAACUGUAUCCGAAAACGGUCUGACGGAAUCUAGUGAAGCGCCUAAAGAGAUCGAGCAAAACGACGAAUCAAACGAUGAAAUAAAAAACAAAACUAAACAGUCGGCGCAAACGGCUGAAGUUAUCGAAUGUAACGGGCGAAUUGAAGACGAAAAAGUGAUGACGAACGGCGAAGCGACGCCAGUGAUCGACGAAGCGACAGAUUCCGUGCCCGUCAUCACGCCCGAGGACUCGAUGCCGCCCUCGCUGUCCGAGGCGAGCGGCGACGCGCCCAGCGGCUCGGACAGCCUGCCGCCGCCGCCCAGCGAGCUCGGCGACGCCGCGCCACAGGAACUAAGCUCGAUUUCCGAUAAGAUGGCAGAGUUGAUCCCUGAGGUCCCAUCCAUACCAGAAUUAAAAACUGAGUUGGAAACUACGACCGACGUGGCAGUGGCCAACUAACGCAGCAGCGACGUGCUUCACAACAGUCCUCGAGACAGAUGUCCGAUAAUGAGCCUUUAAUUUAUUUCCAUUUAGUACCACAAGGUGAUAUCGAACUAAGUUCGAUGUAUGAUUUCAGAUUACAACUAUGUGGAUUUCAGUUUUAAAUGAGACCUUUCAUGUAGAAUGAGUAUACAUAGUUUAAGUUUAGCGUGCUUUGCUUCUGUAAAAUUAAGGUUUUAUAUAUUUUAAAUUUGCUAGGAUGAUCUUUUAUAUUAUAUACGAUAACAAAGUUAUGUAGGCAGUAUACGGUGCGAUAAGUUGGUGCCAUUUAUUACAGGGGUAUUAGUUAUGACGUUUGGUGUACGACUCAAUCUUUGGUUAAUUCACUGAAUGCUAUUUGACUCCUGUUCAAAACUUAUUCCUUUGAAAAAAUUGUGAGUUAAUUGUAUUGAAUUUUAAAUGACCGUGUUUCAAAUAUUCUCGCGGACAGCUUAACUCGAAAAAUUUGAAUGUAAUAUUAAAUCCUAAAUAAUACUCUCUUUGGAUAUGUUGUAACGUAAGGACUUCAUAAACGAUGUGUUAAAUACACUUCGGUCAUACUUAUAAACACCGAUGUAAAGUACCUUUUAUAAUAUAUUAUUUGUUGUAUGAUAUUAAUAACUAUACAAGGAUGGAGGAUUGUGUUGCAGCUUCUAGAGUUGAAAAGCUUGAAACAAAAAUCCCAUUUUUUUUAUCUUUUGAUGCAUUGAAAAAAAAAUAUAUUAUAGUUUUUAAUAAUGAGACACUAUUAUGUAUAUAUGAACAAUUACGUUUUCAUAAAUAUUAUUUUUCAUGAAUUCUGUUGUCAAAUUGGAAUUUAAAUUGCAUUUGUAUAUUGUUAUAAGCGAGACAUAACAAAUGGAUUUCAUUUAAUUCUUUAAGUAUAUUUUAUGCAAUUACGUUAUUAUUCUGCUCCUUGUAAUUAUAAGUUGUAUAAAUUUAGUUUGAUUUUGAGCUCUCUCGUAAAGCAAACGCAAAAUGUAAUUGAAUUAUAUAUCCGCCGCCAUGUCUGGUGAUGUGACGUGAUGAGGUAGGUCUGGACCUGGCUGGUGAUUAUUUGUUUGUGUUGUUUUUAUCAGAUAUUUAGGAGUGGUAUUUACUAAAUUUUGACUUGACAUUCAGUGGCCAAGUUUUUGAUUAAUCUAUACAAUUUUUAUGCAUAUACAAACCUACAAUCAAUUAUAUAUACGAUUUAGAUGUGUAGUAUUUGUAACGAGUUAGUAAAAGCAGUGUGAAAUAUUACUGCUAUUAGUAUAAUAUUAUAUUUGUUUCCACCUCAUACAUACAAUUAGACAUUAUCUAUGUAAGGUUUGAUAUAACUAUACAAUUAUUGUCGAUUUCUAUAGUUAUGUGUCUGGUAAAAUGAUUUCCUAACCUAUUUUGUAAUUUUAUACAUUUUUUAUGAAAUUUGAAGUGACACAUCUGCAUGAACGGAGACUGGAACAUCUCCCGAGAUAUCAGCAGUGAACACGAGUGAGACAUUCCAUAUCAAAUGCCUUCAAGUCUGAUAGAGAUAUUCCAAAUAGGUACCUCUAGAAUAUUAAUUGAACUGGUGAUAAUAACUCGAAUAUUUUAUAAUUAAAAAAAAACCUAGGAUUGUAAAUUACCAGGUAUUUUUAAAUGUACCCUAAGAAUAAAAAAAUACUAAACAAAAAGGAUUGUUGGCGAUAAUAUGAUACCCUAACAAAAAAAUGUCCACAGAAGUCUGAGCCUCGGGACUUUGCGUUACUAAUUCGCCAAUAAAAGUAAAAUUAACUAACAUUUAAACAUAACGUUGUAGGACUGAUGUUGACGCUCAAAAUUAAUUUAAAUUAUUAAUCUUAUUUUAAGUAGGUAAACCAUCUGCACAAAGUCCACAAAACUUUCGAUCGCUCUGUACUAUUUUUCAAAUUCAAACAAAAAAUUGUGCAGAAGUGCCAAUUCGAAAAUAUUUUUAUUGUGUAACUCGAUUAAAUUUAAUUUUGUAUUUUGACUGCUCAUGUAACUAUUGAUGUAAUGUAUUAAUGAGAGUUGAAAUUAUGUACGUGAUUGAACAUUUAUAUAUUUAUUAUGUUCAAUUUACUGGAAUUCGAUGUUGAUGUGUGAAUGUCUCUUAUCAAUAAAUUUUAAAACAAUA